CCAAUUGGUGGCGGGAGAAAGAGAGGGCUUUCUCCAAUCGAUCCAUCCAUCCGAGAGCAAUGGCGGCCACAGCGGCAAUGGUGUCCUCGGCGGCGGCAUUGGCAUCGUCGCGGAGCGGCGUCCAUGGCGCCAGCCUCGUCUCGGCCAAGGCGCCCCUCCCCAAGGCGGUGGCGGCGAGGCAAAGCCUGAGCUGCAGCUGCUCCAUGGCGGACGAGGAGGAGCAAGGAGUGUCGAGGAGACUGGCCUUGGCGCUGGCGGCCGGAGCUCUUGUGGCCACCGGCAAGGUGUCCACUGCGAGUGCGGCUUAUGGCGAGGCGGCCAAUGUGUUUGGCUCGCCAAAGCAACAGUCGGGCUUCACCACCUUGACCGGCGAUGGCUUCAAGCUGGACGUGCCCUCCAAGUGGAAUCCCAGCAAAGAACUCGAGUUCCCUGGCACACUGCUGCGAUACGAGGACAACUUCGACCAAAAAUCCAACCUUGCAGUCAUGGUCAUCCCCACGGACAAGAAAUCCAUCACCGACUACGGAUCGCCCGAGGAGUUUCUCAGUGCUUAUAGCUAUCUCCUCGGCAAGCAGGCCUAUGCUGGCAAGACCGUCUCAGAGGGAGGAUUUGAUCCCAACGCCGUGGCCACUGCCGCGGUGCUACAAUCCAAGACAAAAGACAUCAAUGGGAAGAAGUACUACGAUCUGGAUGUACUGACCAGAACAGCCGACGGUGACGAGGGUGGCACGCACCAGCUGAUCGUUGCGUCCAUCAACAAUGGCAAGCUCUACUUGCUCAAGGCACAAGCGGGCGACAAGAGGUGGUUCAAGGGCGCGCAGAAGUUCGUCAAGGGUGUUGCCGAAUCCUUCAGCUUGGCUUAGAUAUAUAUACCUUAUAGCAAGCUCCACCACAAAGCUCUAAAACGUGAAAGAAAGCGAACCUUAAAUUCAUCGCUGAUCGCUCUCGCUCUCGAUAGAGGUGUACAUUUUCUACGAUGCUUGCGUGAAUUUUAUUCAAGGAACAUCAGAAGAA